CCUGGCCCGGGGGCCGCUGGCCCUGGUGCAGAAGCACGUCAGAGCCGUCCUGCGGAACAAGCUGUGCCUGAGCAUCUCCAACCUGGUGCAGGGCCUCAAUGUCCACCUGGGCACUUUAAUUGGUUUCUGGAUAGAGGAGGCGUUGGGAGGUAAGGCUAAGGAUGCCAUCUUUUCUCCUUCAUUCUGCUUUUGUGUAGGCCUCAACCCUGUGGGUCCAGAGUCCCAGAUCCGCUACGCCAUGGUCAACGUGCCCAAGGUCACGAAGGACUACAUCUCCUUGGAUAUCAACGCCGUUCUCUUCCUGCUGGGCAAGCCCAUUGUCCUGCCCGUGGAUGCCACCCCCUUCGUGCUGCCGCUGCACGUGGGCACCGACGGAGCCAUGGCAGCCGUGGGCCUCUCCCAGGACCUGUUUGACUCUGUCCUCCUGCUGAUGCAGAAGGCUGGGGCCCUCAACCUGGACAUCACAGGGCAGCUGGAGUCGGACGACAAUCUCCUGAACACAUCCGUGCUGGGCCGGCUCAUCCCUGAGGUGGCCCGCAGGUUCCCCAAGCCCAUGCCGGUGGCGCUCAAGGUGCAGCUGGGUGCCACGCCCGUGGUCAUACUUCACACCCACAAUGCCACGCUUCAGCUGCAGCCCUUCGUGGAGGUCCUGGCUGUGGCUUCCAACUCGGCUUUCCAGUCCCUCUUCUCCUUUGAUAUGGUUGUGAACCUGAGCCUCCAGCUCUCUGUGUCCAAGGUGAAGCUUCGGGGAACCACAUCUGUGCUGGGGGACAUCCAGCUCACCGUGGCCUCUUCCAAUGUGGGCUUCAUUGAUACAAAUCAAGUGCACCCACUCAUGGACGCCGUGUUCAAGAGGCCGCUGCUGGAUCACCUCAACGCUCUCCUGGGCAUGGGGGUCGCCCUCCCCAACGUGGUCAACCUCCACUACGCCAACCCUGAGGUCUUUGUCUACGAGGGCUACGUCGUGAUAUCCAGCGGACUCUUCUACCAGCGCUGAGGUGGGACCACCAGGGCAGCCGAGAGGGGGCCAGCUCCCUGCCUGGGAAACUGAGGCAAAGCCACAUUUAACCAUCACUGUCAAGCUGGAUGAUCCAGCCGGGCUGUUUAAUCUCCACUGGGUGCCUGAGCUCCCCUCCCUCCUUCCCUCCCUCCCUCCCCUUUCCCCCCCGGCCCGCCUCUGUCCCUGUGAGCCCCAGACCGCUCCUCCAGGCUGUACAGACC